AUGGUUGUAAACGAAAUAGUUGAAGACAAGGAAGAUGAUAUUUGUGUUCCUGGGACCUCAGCAGCGGCGACAGAUGUCUUUAAUGAAGAUGGACCGGAUGAUACGCGAGAUACGGUUAACUCAGACGAUCAAAGAAUGGCCGGAAAACUUAAAACGACUGCUUCUGAGGUAACGGAUAACCACCGGGAUAGGGACUCGGCUGAUCACAAGAAACUAAACAUAACUCUCCUUCAUUGCGCCAGUUUCUACUUCAAUAGAGCCAUUGGAAGCUACAAUGAAACCCGUGUGGAUAUUACAUUACCUGUGCUUCGUUUUUUGGUAGGUGUUUACGAAUCAACUGUAGUUUCUAUUAUAGUUAGUUUCCAAACGGAUCCUCAAAGAAGUUUACGGCGAUUCCAACGCCGUUUACAUUUCGCGGGCUUCAUUUUACCUCUCCAAUUGGAAAAAUUGUAAGGUCACCUAUUAUUGUCCAAACUUGUCAAUUUUCAUCUGGCUAGGAGGUAUCUCCCUUGAUGCUGAAAACGAAGCAGUGCUGAUCCGAGACGAUAAUUCCGGCCGUUGUGUAGACACCCAGUUGGUAAAAGCAAUAUAUGUUGCAAAAAGUAAGUUUCUACAGAUGUUGAUGAUUUGCGUUUAGGACUAAAAAUCCCGUUGGACAUUGAUCAACCUUUCCGGACUCGGGUUGUUGACCAACUUCUUCACGAUUUACAGAAAGAAGCGGCAUGUAAUCAGGUUGAUGACAGUGAAUUCAUUCACUAUGGAGUAGAACCGGUGCGAUUAUUUCAAAAGGGAAAAGAUGAGAGAAUUCCUUCGCUUCAAAUGUUGGAUGACAUAGGUCUGGUAGAAGCUGCACAUAACGGGCAACAUGGGGAGAAUGAUGAAUUCUGGGAGAAACAAAAGAAAUAUAGAGUUCGGGAGGCUUGUAAGUUGCUGUGAAGAAAGCAAAGAAAGUUUUUGCUGCUGUUUGGCAAGGCUUUUGUGUCAUCAAAAAAUACUAAUGUAAAACGGUUUCAGAUCUCGCGGAUGCCUUCGGCUACUCUUGUCAGGAGCUUGUGUUGAAGUACCAAGAUUUUCUAACCAUAUAUCAAUACCUGCCGUAGGUCCAUUAUAAAACAAUCAGUCUUUGUCUUCAGAUUGCCAAAAAUGUUAUUCAUGGAACUUCAUUCGGCCUGUAGAUUUCAAGACCUCGUUGUUGAGAACGUUUUCGAAUGUUACGCAAUGAUAGUUCGGGGAUUGGAAGUGGCCGCGCCUGGAUGUAAAGUCGAACUUAAUCCGCAUAUGUGUGUUAACAGUCGAAGCUACGAACAUCAAAGGGAUAUUGUACAAAAAGUUGGCGAAGCCGUUAGGCGGAUUAUUCAGCUGAUGAGGGCUCAUGAGAAUUUAUGGCUGGAGGGAGAGGUUCACGUAUUCCUUCCAUUACCUGUAAGUUUUUAUAGGUGAUGACAUCGUGUUCUUUGUGUGUUAACACUAUUUCGAUUUGUAAGCGUUAUAAAGAAAUUUGUUUUGAAAUCUUUUAUUUCAGGAAGAGAAUCGAAAGGCCGACUUCUUUCGUGAUAUGUUCGCGAUUACCCCCUUUCGGGACAUGGAUUUUGAACGGCAUAGUUGGUUUUAUAAAGCUACCGUUGACGACUUGCCAGGGCCUCAACGAAAAAAUCGUUUCAGUUUUUCGAUUACAUAUCAUUUUGAUGACACUGUGUUUGAUGCUCUUCGGAAUGAGGAUCUUAUUGUGAUAGAAUGA